AUGGCUUACAUUAGUCAUGCAACUAUGUUUGCUUCAGUAUCUAAGAAACCGUGUAUUCAAACAAUAUUAAAGGAAACCUCUAUUGCUACAGAAAAACCAUCGUUUGCUGAAAUUAUUACUGGAAAGACAGAAUCCCUAAUCCCUUCAGCUAUUCCUGAAAACAAAGGAGGUUUUAUUGCUAUCAAGGUAAAUCAGGAGAGGUAUGAAAAGAGGAUAAAGGAAUGCGAAUUUGCUCUGAUUGGCAGAAUCAUCCUAAAUAAAGGAGACACGCCAUGGAAAGUUACAGAAUUGAAGAAAAAACUUAAUGAUAUAUGGAGAUUAAACAAUACAUGGAGACUUAUUUCUAUUGGGAAAGGGUUUUAUUACAUAAUUCUUUCAUCAAUGGAUGAUAAAACUAAAGUUUGGGGAAUGGGUUCCAUCAAUAUUAAGCCGGGUAUUAUUAGGCUUCAGCCAUGGAUUCCGGAUUUUAAUCCUACAGAUCAAAAGUCUACUAAUGCACAGGUGUGGGUUAGAUUUUAUAGGCUCCCAUGGGACUAUUGGGAUGUUCAGACUCUAGCAGACACGGCAAGGGGAAUUGGCAUACCUCUUAGGAUAGAUGCAGCUACGGCAAAUGGAGAGUUGGGUCACUUUGCUCGCGUUUUAAUUGAUGUUGACCUUGCCUCUGAAUUACUGAACCAGUUGCUAAUUGAAAGAGUUGGCAAGAGUUUUUUCAUUGACGUGAUUUAUGAGCAUUUGCCAAAUUUCUGCCACUCAUGCAAAAGUAUUGGGCAUUUACCUUCUCAAUGUCGUUCCAGGAGAAGUUUUGUUCAAGAAGAAUUGAAGAAAACAGAAGAAGUGAAAAGGAAUAAAAAUUCAGAGUUGAAAAAACAAUGGGUUCCAAAAUCGGCGGCAAUGGAAGCCUCUGAUGAUGUUCAACCUGAUACGGAGAAGCUAGCAGACAUAAUUCCUGUGGUUAUUACUCAUGACGAUGUUAUUCAUGAAGAGGUUUUAAAAGGUAAUACAGAAAUUGUUGUUUUUGAGCAGGAUCAGAAUAAUAUUUCUACAGAGCCCCCUUCAAUCCACAUUGAAAUGCCCCUAGCCUUUAAGCUCCCUUCGAUGUCUCAUCCAGAAUAUUUUCCAGACCAAAGAUCCUUGAAUCAAGAAAUUGACAUCCCUAUAUUAAGCAUUACACGUCAAUCCUGGGCUGAUAUUGCCGAAAAAGAAGAUUCAAACUUACCUACAUCGAGUGAAGUAUGGACAACAGUGACUAAAAAGAAAAGGAAUAAUAAGAAAAAGGUUGAUGCAGAUUCUAUGCAGACUGCUCUAAACCCAAAUACUAGAGUCUUGGUGGCUGUCAACUCUAAAGAAUUGCCAUCUCUUUGGGUCCUUUCUAAUUCCUCUUUGUUAUUAUCUAAUUAUGUGGAUAUUGGUAUACAACAUGUCUCUUUUGACAUAUAUGUGAAUAACUCCUGUCACCGCAUUUCUUGUGUUUAUGGUAGUACUUGUUACCGUAGAAGAUUGGAUCUUUGGUCGUCUCUUUCAUCAUCUCGUAAUAGUUAUUCUGGAAGCUGGGUUAUCAUUGGAGACUUUAAUGCCGUGAGAAAUCCUUCUGAAAAAACUGGUCGUCCCCCUUUAGAAAGAUCUAUGGCUGACUUUCGGGACUUUAUUGACAAUUUUGACCUUGCUAAUGUUUCACUUCAGGGUGCUUUGUAUACUUGGAGCAAUGGUCGUAUUGGCUCUAAUCGGGUGGAGUGUCUCCUCGACCGUGCUUUAAUUUCGAAAGAGUUUGCUGAUCAUUGGCACUUUAUUUCUUCUUCUGCGCUUCCCCGUCAUCAUUCGGAUCAUAAUCCGAUAAUUUUUCGUGCUUCAAUUUCUCUUGGUCGCAUCUCCAGAUUUCAAUUUCAAUCUAUGUGGAUAGCUCAUCCAGACUUUAUGGAUUUCAUCCGUUGCAACUGGUCUGAUCAUAGUGUUCUUGGUCCAUUUCAAUCCUUUUUGGCUAAGCUUAAAGUCUUGAGAUUUAAACUUCGUCAUUGGAACAAUUCGAGUUUUGGGAGGCUAAAUAGUAACAUUAAAGAAGCAGAGAACCGUCUUUCAGCUGUACAAACCUCUAUAUCAUCUCUUGGCCUGACUGAAGCAUUACAUAAGCAAGAGUUAGAUGCUCAUGUUGCUCUUGACUUGGUGUUGAAGCAGCAAGAAAUUUAUUUCAAAGAGAAAAGUAGAGUUAAAUGGUUAAAGGAGGGAGAUCGAAAUUCUGAAUUUUUUCACCGCUCCUGCAAUUUUCGUAAAGCUAAAAUGGGUAUUCAUUCUAUGCUUAUUGACGGUGUUCUUUCGGAUAAUAUGGAGCACAUCAGUAAUCACAUUACUUCAUAUUAUGCAAACCUGUUUUCAGCAACUAGAGGCAGACCAAGUGAUUUACAAAUUGUCAAAAAUAUUAUCCCUCAUUUAGUGACUGAUGAGGAUAAUGAUGGGCUGACUAGAUGUCCUUCGAAUGAUGAAAUUCGGGCAACAGUUUUUGAUAUGGAUGGUUCAAGUGCUCCGGGUCCGGAUGGUUUUUCAGGUGCUUUCUACAAAUAUUGUUGGAAUAUUAUUGGUCUAGAUUUAUGCAGGUUGGUUUGUCAUUUUUUUCAAUUUGGCAAACUUACAACAGGUCUUUGUUCAAGUCUUAUGGUUCUUAUUCCGAAGUUUAAAGGGGCUGUUUCCAUUGAUCAAUUUCGACCAAUUGUGUUGAGCAACUUCUGUUUCAAAGUGAUCACUAAAAUUUUGGCGGAUCGUCUUGCAUCUAUAGCUGAAAAGAUCAUCUCAAAACAUCAAUUUGGUUUUAUUAAAAAUCGAUCUAUUUCUCAUUGUAUAGCUACAGCUUCGGAGGGCGUAAAUGUAUUAAACAAGAGAUGCUUUGGAGGUAAUAUGGCACUACAAAUCGAUAUUAAGAAAGCGUUUGAUACAAUGGAGUGGAGUUUUAUUUUGGAAGUUUUGGAUGCUUUUGGCUUCAGCCUGCAGUUCAGGGAUUGGGUUCUUGAAAUCUUCUCUUCUGCAAGGCUUUCUGUCAUUCUAGAUGGCUCAACAGCUGCUUAUUUUUCUUGUUCUCGUGGAGUGCGGCAAGGGGAUCCCCUUUCUCCGCUUUUAUUUUGUUUAGCUGAGGAUUUUUUAUCAAGGUUAAUCACUUCGUAUGUCCAAGCUGGAAAAUUACAGCAGAUGAACUACUCCAAAGGUUCUCUCUUUGCCUCUCAUCUUUUUUAUGCUGAUGAUAUGUUAGUUUUUUGCAAGGCUUCGCUUAGAAAUGUUAAAGCCCUGAAAUCAAUAUUUAAUGUUUAUGGUAAGGCUUCGGGUCAAUGUGUGAGUUGGGAGAAGUCUUUCGCUUAUUAUGGUUGCUCGAUUUCUGAGACGAGAGUGAACUCUCUCUGUCUAGAAUUGAAUAUUAAAAGAGGCAGUCUUCCUUUUAAUUAUCUAGGGGUUCCCUUAUUUGCUGGUGCUCCCCGGAAAAUUUAUUUACAAAGCAUAGCGGAUAAAGUUACUAACAAGUUUGCAGGAUGGAAAGGUAGUGCUCUUUCGAUGGCAGGAAGAGUAACUCUUGUUAAUUCAGUAAUCUUGAGUUCUCUUCUUCACUCUUUCUCUAUUUAUAAAUGGCCCACGAGUCUCAUAGAGCACUUGGAGAAAUGCAUUCGUAACUUUAUUUGGACAGGUUCUAUUGAGAAGACCAAAUUGGUUACGGUUCCUUGGAGGAUUUGCUGUCGUGCUGUUAAAGAUGGGGGCCUUGGCAUGAAAAAUCUUAAGGCUAUGAACAAAGCAAUGCUAUCCAAAAUUGCUUGGGAUAUGAUUAGUUCUGAUACUUUUCCUCUUAACAUUCUUAAAUCUCGUUUUCUCACAGUUUCGGGGGUUCCAAAAAAACUUCCAAUUGGUUCUUCUUUUUGGAGUUCAAUAAGGGAAGUUUAUGCUUCGGAUAAGGUAGCUUGUAGAUGGAUAAUCGGUGAAAAUUCAAGGCUCAAUUUUUGGACUGAUGAGUGGAUUGUUCCAACAGUUGCGGAGAGAAUGAAUUUGUCCUAUUCAGUUAAGUCUAAGAAAACUGAUUUAGUUACAGACUUUUUUAUUAAUGAAAGUUGGAUUUUGCCGAGCUAUAUUAGUUCAGAUAUUGGAAAUGCAAUCAGAUCUAUUUCCCCUUGUCGAGACACCUCAGAUACUUGCUUAUGGGAGCACUCUUUGGAUGGUAAGUUCAAAGUUAGCCUAGCUUAUAUUCUUACUCUUGGAGUCACGGAACAGGUGCCUUGGUCAAAAUUCCUAUGGAAAGAAAUUCUUCCACCUUCGCGCUCUAUGAUUUGUUGGAGAGCUUUUCUUGGGUAUCUUCCUACUGAAAAUAAUUUACAGAAAAAGGGUUUCAAUUUAGUCUCACGAUGCAGUCUUUGUAACAAUAACAGAGAGGACGUUGAUCAUUUAUUCGUUAAUUGCUCUUUCUCUCAUGCUUUGUGGAUGGUUAUAUCGUCUAUUUUUGACAGGCAAAUUAAUACAAAUGGGUCUCUUCAUUCUCUGAUUAUGGAUGCUUCUAAUGAAAAAUUCAGCCCUCAAGUGUUUUCUGUUUGGAAUGUGGCAGUGGUUACCACAAUUUGGUCGAUUUGGAAACAUAGAAACAUGAUUAUUUUUGAUGGUCAACUCCCUAAUAUUCAUGGUGUGAUUAGAAAAAUUCUUUGUUGUUUAAAGGAAUGCGACUUUCUUAGUCUUCGACAUUGUAAUAAUUCGAUCAAUGACAUGAUAACUCUUAAACUUCUUCGUAUUAAAAGUGUACCAAGAAAACCUCAAAGAGUUAUUUCAGUGGUUUGGCGUUCGCCUCCGACAGGAUGGAUAAAGGUGAAUACUGAUGGAUCAGCUUUGGGUGCUCCGGGUCCUGCAGGAGGAGGUGGUAUUUUCAGAAAUACUAGAGGCUUCUGUCAAGGAUGUUUUGCUCUACAUUUAGGGUGCUCUUUCGCUUUCAUGGCGGAGAUUGAGGCUGCCAUAUAUGCAGUUCUUAAAGCUUCUGAGAUGGGUUUUCAGUUUGUUUGGCUCGAAUGUGAUUCUAUUUAUGUGGUUAAUUUAUUCAAGAGAAGAGAUAUGCAGAUUCCUUGGAAACUCAGAUUACGAUGGAUUGCUUGUUUAAAGUACAUCAAUAGCAUUCAAUUUGUUGUUUCACAUAUUUUUAGAGAAGGAAAUGCUGUAGCAGAUGAUCUUGCUCGUCACGGGGCGUUGAAUAAUGGUGUAUUCUGGUGGAAUCAGUCUCCGGACUUCUGCAAUGAUUCUUUUUAUCACGACUUCUCGAGGAAGGAGAGGUGGAGAAUUGGCUAG